AUGAACAUUGAUGAGAAGCUGGAAGGGAUGUUGCUGAAGUGUAGCCCCGUGCCUCUGCACCACUCCCCCAGGACACAACUGGGGGCGACCGGGGUGGGGGGCAGGGGCGGUGGGGGCCUGGAGGACAUGACUAUUGGGGAGCGCGCCUUAGCCAACCAUCCGCUGCUGGCCGAGGAUGAGGACGACGAAGAGGAGGAGGACCUCGGAGGAGAACCGCUGACCUCGCAUGACCUGAUCUCACACGAUGAGUUGAUGGACCAUGAGGAGACGGUGAAAAACGACGCAGAAGAGGAGUCCGAGUUCUCCCAGCGGCUCUCCCAUAAACUUCCGUAUACACUCCACAUGCCUGUGAAUAUUAAGCAGGAGAUUAAGCUGCCAGAUUCACUGAUCCUAAGUAAGAAAGAAAAGAAGCCAGGGAGGGAUCUUGCUGAAUGCAACAAGAAGAAAAAGAGAAAGCAGCGUUCUCCUGCAAAGAUCCUCACCAUUAAUGAGGAUGGAUCGCUGGGUCAUCAAAGCCCUAAGUCUCACGUAUGUGAACACUGCAACGCAGCGUUCCGAACCAACUACCACCUACAAAGACACGUGUUCAUUCAUACAGGGGAGAAGCCUUUUCAGUGUAAUCAGUGUGAUAUGCGAUUCAUUCAGAAGUAUCUUCUUCAGAGGCAUCAGAAGAUUCACACAGGUGAAAAACCUUUUCGCUGUGAUGAGUGUGGGAUGAGAUUCAUCCAGAAAUAUCACAUGGAGAGACACAAGAGGACACACAGUGGAGAGAAGCCCUAUCAGUGCGACUAUUGCCACCAGUACUUCUCUCGAACUGAUCGCGUGUUGAAACACAGACGUAUGUGCCAUGAGAACAAGGAGAGGAAGGCGCAAAAGGCAGCCGCCAAAGACAGCCUGCUCCGAAACACGGAGACCCUUACCUUCUCCUUUUCCGCGAAGGAGUGCGCUCUACCCAAGAAAAAACGCCAGAAGUCCAUCGACAAAACGCGCAACUUGCUAACGAGUGCCGCCGUCGCCGACAAAGUGGCGGAUGGUAGCGGUGAAGAGAAAGCGGAGGAAAGGUCGAGCAAAAACGAAUGUCUUCCUCUCUACGCGGUGACCUCGAAAGUCAAAGACGAGUACGUGGUGGCCGAGUAUUCUGUGGAGCUCCCGGAUUCGUCUCCUGGCAACAGGCAUCUCGGAGGGGAGGCGUCCUCCGACGAGAUCAUUAUCCCGCCAAAACUGGUCCUGAAGAAGAUCGCCAGUAAGAAGAGUCUGAAACAGCAGUCCGCGGAGCAGCCUCAGGGCCUCUCUCCCUUGUCGUCGUUCGAGGACGGAAAAGUGACCAAAUAUACUUUUGAAAUUGUGGAUAAUAAAGGGCUUUUGGAUGUGGAGACAAGCCCGGAGUUGGAAUCUGUCGAUACCCUUCAGGGAGGGCAAGCCAAGCCGACGGGAAGCAGCACGAACUACGACGAUGCCAUGCAGUUCCUGAAGAAGAAGCGUUACCUCCAAGCGGCCACUGCCAACAACAGUCGGGACUACGCGCUCAACGUGGGCAACAUUGCGUCGCAGCCCUCGGUCACUCAGGCUGCAGUGGCCAGUGUAAUCGACGAGACUGUUCCAGCAACCAUUCUCGAGCCUCAGACCCUGAGCGUGGAGAUCAAGUCCAGCCACGAGAAAAACGUCCUCCCAGACGAAGUCCUACAGACCCUCUUGGACCACUACUCCAACAAAACCAAUGGGCAACAGGAGAUCGCCUUCAGCGUGGCGGACACAGAGGUGACCUCUAGCAUCUCCAUAAACUCGUCUGACGUGUCUGAAAGUAGCCCGACAGAAACCCUAGGGACCAACUCCCAGGCUUCUCCUGCUGAAAAGGCCAACCUUCUGCAGGAAUACUCAAAGUUUCUCCAGCAAGCGUUGGAGAGGACCAGUCAGAAUGACAGUUAUCUGAACAACCAGAGUCUUACGUUUGUGAACGACAGCACCAGCCUGGCUGGCCAGCCUCUGUUUUCUACUGAAAAACAGUUUAGCUCUCCCAGUCGCUUCAGGUCGGGCCUGAACUCUCCUCUGAGGUCCACCAUUGAGAAACCCCAUUUUAGUCUUUUGGUGGGAGAUUCCCAGCACUCGUUCUCAUUUUCGGGGGAUGAGACUAAUCCCUCAGCUGUUUCUCCGACCGAUGACUUUCUCGAGCAGGUUUCCUCUCCCAAAAAGUCAGACACGCAAGGGAUGAACCAGACUUUUCAGAUAUCUACUUUUGACCAGAACUUUCGGUCGCAGUUCCAGGGCUCCCGAUCCGGAAUUUCCUCACAGUUUAGCGUUGCCAAUGGACAGGUCAGUUUAAGAAGUCAUGGAGGGACAGACUUCCCAGAAUUCCCUCUGGGUGGUGUCUCUGAGUCCAGAACUCAACUGACUUCUUCUCCAGAUGCUACGAACAGCCAGACGUUUGGCUAAAGCAAGCUAUUUG